UUGAUGGGCUGGAGAAUUCAGUCACUUGAGAAAGGGUCUCAUGGAUGCCACAGCUGAUGGAGGAAGAGAGGAACAAAGCAGAGGCACCAAAUUCUUCUUUCGUGUGCUGCUGGGGCCCUUGUUGGCUCAGCUCAGCCACCUGAGAACUGGCCUGGGCUUUUGGUUUUCCUUGUUAUUUUAUUGUGCUGCAGUAGUACAAUUGUGAGAUGAAGGGAGGAAUUUUGUUGGUUGCCUUCCUGUGUAAUUUCACAAAGUAUUUCGGUAUUGGUUUAGCUACCUGUCAUUUCCUUGUUAGGGAUAGAGGAGGAAGGGAGGAGUCGGGUGGUGUUAGGUGUCUGCAGAAGAAAAAUUUGAUUGACCACGUGUCUCCUGAUGCUGAAGACCCUCUGGAAACUGUAAAGAAGAUCGCCGAGAAAAUGAGGAAACUUGCAUCCACCAACUGGAUCUCUGACUCGGACAUUUUUCAGGAUCCUGAUUUAGACUUUUCUGGCCCCAGUUUUGGAACCCUCAUUGCCAUUGGAGUUACUGUUUUUGCAGUGAUUGUCGUUACUAUUAUUCUGUGCCUCACCUGUUCCUGUUGCUGUCUGUACAAAGCAUGUCGAAGACCACGCCCUGUGGUGACCACUGCCACCACGACGGUGGUUCACUCUGCCUAUCCCCAGCAGCCAGCAAUGCCACCCAGCUACCCAGCAGCUCCAUACCAAGGCUACCAGCCCGUGGCUGUGCAGCCCCAGCCGGGGAUGCCAGUGGCUCCCUACCCUGCCCAGUACCCUCCCCCGUACCCCACGCAGCCAGCAGGACCCCCAGCUUACCAUGAGACCAUGGCAGCUGGUGCUGGAGCCCCUUACCCCACCCAGCCCCCUUACAACCCUGCUUACAUGGAUCCUCAGAAGCCCACCUAUUGAAAAGCUUCUACUGUGCUUCUGCAUACAAAACUUUUAAAAAUAUAAUUUGUUCUGUUUACACCAUUCACCUGUACUAUAUUUUUCUGGAAGACAACAAUCUUUUGUUAAAGUAGAGUGAAAAUCAGUUCAUUAUCUUCUUCUUUUUAAUGCUCCAAGGAAGGAGUAUUUUUCUUGCAGAAGUUAAUUUAUACCUCAAGCAAAUACAAAAAGAGAUUUUGCUCUAGAUACAAUGAGAGUAAUGAGAAGAAUGAGUAUUUCAGAAAUACAGAACCACAAUACCAUUUGCUGUGCAAUAAUUUUGAGAGGAAUGGUCUAAUAUGAGCAUCGUCAGAUACCCAAAGCUGUAGCAAUCUUUUGCACAGUAUUCAAAUGUAAAAUCUUAACUCUAAGAAACUACCUGAUACAUGUUAUGUAAGUUCUGCCUGUUUUGAAGCUACUAUUGUUAGGUAAGCUACCAUUUAAUACAUUUCAUUUAUCAUUCAAAAGGGAAUUUUCCUUUUUUUGCAACACCUUUACCUUUGGUAAGAGGUAGUAAACCAUGUUUAAUUGCCUUUGAACUAGUUCUAAAUAGCAUGAGUUGGUUAUUUCCUUGUUUUCUGUCCCAAUUUUAAGGUUUAUAAACUGUGCCUCCAUUGGGUGUUAUAGCUAAAAAUCAACAGACUCUCUGCCACUUAAAGGACCAAAUAGAUCAAAUGCUGAAACCCUGAAAAUUCUCCAUAAAAAUUGUUGGAUGAGUAUUUCUUGUUCUGGUAGUAUUGGAUAAGCUUACUUCAGUCAUGUGUUGUUGAUGAGUUUGGAAUUAAAAUCAGCCCCUUAAUCACACGUUAACAGAGGUACCUUGGCAGCAUUCAGUCCUGCCUCAUCCCAGAGAAGGAAUUCCUUUACAGGAGGGAUGGAAUGUCACCAGAAGAUUGGGAUUUUCAAUUGCUCAGGUUUUUUCCACUGUCUCUAGUGGGACCUGUAGGUGGCAGGAACCUAAGAAUUACAGACCUUAAUAAAUCCUGCAUUGGAGUAGCAGUGUGCUGGGUGAGGGGCCACAGUGAGCAUUAGCCUCCCUUUUGUCUUUUGUAUUCCCAUAAAGCUGAGCAGAGAAUGAGAAGUCAGGGAAAGGAAGGAUUUGGUCACAGGCAGGUAAUGUAUUUUUAAGAAGGUAAUGCUUUGAGUCAUGAAACAUCUUGAGACAUCCUCGUGACUGUUAACACUGCUUAGGCUUUAGGCUUUAUCAGUCUUUCAUUGCUCAAACAAAUAAGGUGGGGGUUUUUUCACUGUCCUCAACAAUUCUGUCUUUUCCAAUGUUGAAAUGCAAUUUGUUGUUAAUCCUCACAGAACUAUGUAGUUAUUUGCAUGUAUCACUGUGACAUAAUCACUGAAAUAAUUUUAACAUAUCUUUUACACUGAUUUUACUUUUUUAGAAAGGCCAUUGAGCCAUUUGUCCUGUCAUUCUACAUUUGGGUGUAUUAUUGUUUGGUGGCAUUGUUUUACCUCACAGAGUGGGUGGAAGUUGCUGUUGUCAAAGGCAGCCUUGUUCCCCUUUCCGAUUUUUUGAGUCUAUUUCUGCAUUAUUCAGAUUUUUUUUUAAAGAAAGUUUUCAGGGCAUUUCAGAAGAAACUUGUUUAAAGUUUUUACACUGGGGUUCAUGACAACCUGUGCCCCUCUGUUACACCUCUCUGAGUGUUGAAGUCAAUAGCAUUAAAUGGUGCCAAGAGGCACUUACAGAGCAUUUAUCUGUGUAUCCUGUGUCUGUGUUCCUCUUUCCUGCUGUGUCAGCUGAGGAAUUGGGCAAAACUUCAUUACACUGUCAGAUGUUACAUGGACCAACCAAAAAAGGAUGGUGUUUCCUGUAUGGAGGAGGAAGUAUUGCCUUAGAAAUCUGGAAUGUUUCUGUAGGAGGGCACUGAGCAGAAAUAAAUCCUGUGUUACAGAUCCUACCCGUGGUGCUUAUUGAUGGAGAAGGAGGACAGAGACUGUCCCAGCACCUUUGUUAGUCUGUGUGCUGCCAGGCCAGGGAGAGCACAGGUAUCCAGUGUGGGGCUUCCUCAGGUGGUCACUGUGCCCUGCUCUUCCUGUCCCCCACCUGGUGUGACAAAGGGAGCAGCUCGUGGCAGUCACAGUGUCAUGUUUGGGUUGUGAGAGGGAAAUCUGCAGUUUCAUGGCAGGAUGGCUCAGUCAUCACCCCCGAGGAGAUGGGAGGAAAGUAAGGAGGCAGCAGUAAGAGACAUUCCCAAAUACAAGGUUUUUGGGGGAAGUUGUACAGACCAAACAGAUGGCCCUGAAUUGCCACUGCUCAGUGUGGGGUGGUGGGAGAUGAGGGGUAGGGUUAAGGAGCUGAAAAUUGACACCUUUCAUCAGUGGACAUGUGCAAAUGAUGGCUAUGUACAAGUGAAGAGAUCAGUCAUUCAUGUACAAGGAACUGCCUUAGCAAUACCGUUACUAAUUCAGUUACAAAACUUACUGAAAGAAGAGAAAAUGGUCCAGUUCAAAAUAAUUCAGAUUAUGAUUAAUUUCUUACUGUUAGUGCAUUAAUCAUCAUUAACAAUGAGGUGUAGGACCAAAUUUUAUUUGGUUCUUGCCCUGCAGCCUUGUUGAAGUUUGUUUUCAAAUACUGAAGAGAAUGGGAUGGUUACAGAAAAGAUGGAGAUGAUCCAGAAGUUUUUAGUUGAAGCACUGCUGGUGUGUCAGUCCCAGUAGCUGUUGCCUUCAUGUCACACUUGUUCUCCACAGUGCUGUAGGGAGGAGGAAAGGAGCUAAGACUUUAAAUGUUGAUAUAUCUUUUUUUUUUUUAAUUCUGUAAGUGCCUUUGUUUCAGAAAUGUUUUGUGAAAUUAAAGACAGUAGAAUAUUGAAUUUACUAGAUAAUCAUUGUUGCUUUUGUUACAUACUGUAACCUCGCUUUGUAUGUUGUUUGUAGGUUAAACAUAAGUAUUCAAACCAAAUGGCAUAAACUCUAUGCACCUUUGUAAUAAAUUCAGUGUUUGAAGUA